UCUUUUGGGUGGUCUCCUUACCUCCCCCUCUCUCUUCUCUUGAGAGGUCCCAGAGCCAUUAUCAAUGGCGGUUAUGAAACCCUAGCGACAUUGCUCUUCGUGCUUUUUCGUUUUCUCUCAAGCCACCAGUUUAUCUAAUGUCGCAUUUCUUCUUUUCGGAAACGUAAAGACUGAAAAAUCUGAUCCUCGAACCUCGGAACUUUUCGAAUCUGCACAAGGCACUUAUUGUUCGUUCGUUGAAUCUGAUUCUGUUCGAUGUUUUGCAGGAUUUUCUUCAUUCAUAGGAUUGAAUGCCUCUCCAAUGCAAUAUUCCAGUUAGAGUCAGUUUGAAACCCUAGAUUUUGCUUUUAACAGUGUCUGGAUUUAGGUUUCAGCUUUUUCUUUUUGUCGAUACUUCAAUGGAACCUCCGGUAGUUAGAUCGAGAGGUCGACCGAGGAAAAGGAGAAAUAAUGACCUUCAAGAUGGUAAUGAUGAUGCGAAAUCGGCUCUUGAAUCGUGCAAGCGGACCCUUGUGUCGCGCCCCGUGGCCUUGGUGGGACGAUAUCUGCUGAAAGAGUUCAAUGGCAGUGGAAAGUUUCUUGGAAAAGUAGUGUAUUACGAGGAAGGACUAUAUAGAGUAGUUUACGAAGACGGUGAUAGUGAGGAUUUAGAGAGUGGGGAAAUUCGGGGGUUGCUAAUUGGCGAUCUUUAUUUUGACGAUGGUUUGAGUAGGAGAAAGAAGCGUUUGGAUGAAUUAGCAGCUAGGUUUAAUGCGAAGAGUACAAAUGUGACGAGAAAGAUCGUGACGGACACCACUGAAAAAUUGGAUCCAGUUGCAUCGGUACCGAGCAAGUUAAGCAGUGAGCAUAUGAUUGAAAAUGAUGCUGAAGAAGUUGAACCAGACGUUAAUUCUUCUAGUGAUUCGCUUGAGUCUGUUAGGGACCGGGAUUUUGAAUUUGGAGAUGAAAGUCUGCUUAUCCCAGCACCAGAGUUUCCACCAUCUUCUGGAACCUUUGGGAUCCAAGAGCAGCACGUUUCACAUCUUUUAUCUGUUUAUGGUUUCCUGCGAUCAUUUAGUGUCCGCUUAUUCUUGUUUCCAUUCAGUUUGGAUGACUUUGUGGGAUCACUUAAUUGUGGUGUAGCGAAUACAUUGUUGGACUCCAUUCAUGUUGCUCUGAUGCGUGCCUUACGCCGGCAUCUUGAAGCUCUUUCUUCAGAUGGCUUAGAAAUCGCAUCAAAAUGCUUGAGGCACUUCAAUUGGAACUUGCUAGAUUCACUCACAUGGCCUGUUUAUUUGGUCCAAUACUUAACUGUUAUGGGACUUGCAAAAGGUCUGGAAUGGAGUGGAUUUUACAAGCAUGUUCUAGGUAACGAGUAUUACUCCAUUCCUGCUGGUCGAAAGCUUAUGGUUCUGCAAAUUCUUUGUGAUGAAGUAUUAGAAUCUGGAGAGCUUAGAGCAGAAAUUGAUGCACGUGAAAUAUCUGAAGUUGGACUGGAGUAUGAUGCUGGAGCUACAUGUCUGUCUGAAAAUGGGCCUAGAAGGGUUCAUCCCAGGUACCCCAAAACUUCAGCUUGCAAGGAUGGGGAAGCUAUGGAGAUUAUUGUAGAGAAUAAUGGGUCGAAGUCUUAUAUAGACCAAAAUUUUUUGGGUUUAAAAGGCGGUACUAAUGGUGACUUGGAUGUGACUGCUGUUGAUGCAAACAGAAAUAGCGACGAGUGUCGGCUCUGUGGGAUGGAUGGGAGUUUGCUUUGUUGUGAUGGGUGUCCGUCAGCAUACCAUUUGAGAUGUAUAGGCAUGGUGAAGGUACUUAUACCUCAAGGGCCAUGGUAUUGUCCUGAAUGCACUAUAAAUAAGAGAGAGCCAACAAUAACAAAAGGAUCAUCACUCAGAGGAGCAGAAGUUUUUGGCAUUGAUCCAUAUGAGCACAUUUUCUUGGGUAGUUGCAACCACUUGGUGGUGCUCAAGACUUCCAUAAACUCUGAACCAUGUCUCAAAUAUUAUAAUCGAAAUGACAUUCUAAAAGUACUUCAUCUUCUUUGUUCUUCCUCCCAAUAUAUUGCUUUAUAUCAUGGCAUCUGUAAGGCCAUUAUGCAAUAUUGGGACAUCCCAGAAAAUCUCCUAGUUCUUCCUGAAGCAGGUGGUACGGAUGUAGUUCCUGCCAAUUUGAGGGAAGACACCAACUUCUAUGCUCAAUCAAAUCCAGGUGGUGAGGAAGAACGUAAGGAGCUUGAUGUGGUUGGGGAUGGAAAAGGCUUGCCUACGUGCAAUAGUGAAGAAGACAAUAACUUGGUUCGGGGUACCUUGCACGUUGAAACUUCACAGGAUCCACUUUCUCAUCCGACUAGUCGUGGAACAACUCCACCUGAGUGUGUAGGAAAAAAUGUGCUAUGUAAUGGAUUUAACCUGGACUCUCUUACUUCUAAUAUUAGCAGGCCAGAGAAUUCAACUGACUUAGCUUGCCCUAAUAUGGUUGAUAUUUCCAGCACAACAGACCUUUCAAGUACUUCAGGAAACAAAACUUUUAGUCAUACUGGGAAUGGUAAUGCCUCUAUUUCAUUGAAUCUGUCUCGUCAAAGCCAAAAUGGUAGUCUUUUGGGUCAUGGAAAAGUGAAGGGUGAUAUCAAGUCAGCUAUUAGUUGUGCUUACAUGGGCUCCCAAUAUAAGCCUCAGGCAUAUGUGAAUCACUAUGCCCAUGGAGAAUUUGCUGCAUCAGCUGCUCAUAAACUAGAUGUUCUGUCAUCCGAAGAAACUCGGGUUAUGGGAACAAAUGCAUCUGAUAAUAAGAGAAGUAGUUCUGCUUCUUCGUAUGCUUUAUUGCAAGCAAAGGCGUUUUCACAAACAGCCUCACGCUUCUUCUGGCCAACAUUUGACAAGAAGCUCAUGGAAGUACCAAGAGAGAGGUGUGGUUGGUGUCUUUCAUGUAGAGCCUCUGUCUUAAGCAAGAAAGGAUGUUUGUUGAAUCAUGCUGCAUUGACUGCUACCAGAAGUGCUAUGAAAAUCCUCUCUAGCCUCCGGCCUGGGAAGAAUGGAGAAGGAAAUCUACCUUGCAUAGCAGUGUACAUUCUGUAUAUGGAGGAGAGUUUAAGAGGUCUUGUUGGAGGUCCAUUCUUGAAUGCAAGCCACAGAAAAAAAUGGCGUCAUCAAUUAGAAUCAGCUUCAAGUUGCAGUUUGAUCAAAUUUCUCUUGCUUGAACUUGAAGAGAACAUUCGCUGUAUUGCUCUUUCUGGUAACUGGUUUAAGCUGGUAGAUGAAUGGUUUUUAGAAACUUCAAUGAUUCAAAAUGCUCCGAGUGCUGUUGGUACAACAGUUCACAAACGUGGACCUGGGAGGAGAGGUAGGAAACAGUCUGUAUCUGAAGUUCCUUCUCAUGAUCGGACCGAUGCCAAUUUUGUAUGGUUUCGAGGAGGGCUAUCCAAACUUGUAUUCCAGAGAGCAGCAUUGCCUCAAUUUAUUGUUGCUAAAGCAGCCCGUCAAGGUGGCUCAAGGAAGAUUUCUGGUAUACACUACACUGAUGGUUCAGAGAUUCCUAGAAGGAGCAGACAGCUUGUCUGGAGAGCUGCUGUUGAAGCGAGUAAGAAUGCAUCACAACUUGCCCUUCAGUUGAGGAACCUAGACUUCCAUUUGAGAUGGAAUGAUCUGGUCCGGCCAGAACAAACCCUUCAGGAUAUGAAAGGUCAAGAGACUGAAGCUUCUGUUUUCCGAAAUGCUAGUAUUAGUGAUAAGAAAGUUAUGGAAAAUAAAAUUACAUAUGGAGUUGCCUUUGGGAGUCAAAAGCAUCUUCCUUCUCGUGUUAUGAAGAAUGUCAUUGAAAUAGAACAGAAGCAAGAUGGAAGAGUUGCGUAUUGGUUUUCGGAAAACUGCAUCCCUUUAUAUCUGGUCAAAGAGUACGAGGAAGGUUCUUUUCAAGUUAAUUUGUCAUCAUCCAAGGUAUACCAAAAUAUUCUGUACCAAUCACGAAGAAGAUGGGUGAAAUCCUACCAAAGAGAGAUAUUUUUCUAUCUCACAUGUAGAAGAGACAAUAUGGGCUUGUUGGCUUGUUCAUCGUGUCAAAUGGAGGUCCUUAUUAGGAAUGCAGUGAAGUGCAGCUCUUGCCGAGGCUAUUGUCAUGUAAAUUGUACUGUGAGAUCAACAAUUUCUGCUACCGAGGACGCUGUAUGCUCAAUCAUAUGCAAUCAGUGUUGCCAUCUCAAAGCUCUUAAUCACAGUGGAAACAGUACUGAAUCACCAACCAGUCCAUUACCUUUGCAAGGUAAAGGACAACGGAGUUCGAGUUCGUCAACUGUACGCAAGAGUGUGAGGCCUAAAGGCUCCAAUCAGCCACCAGUUACUCCUGAAAACAAGCUGGACACUCAAUCUGAGAAGAAACAAGCUACUUCUGUAAUCAAGCUGGAAACUCGAUCUGAGAAGAAACAAGCUACGCGUGAUUCUGGUGCGGCUCCAAAGAGUCAGCGGAGGAAUUGUUCAUGGGGCAUUAUAUGGAAGAAGAAGAGUGGUGAAGACACGAGUGCCAAUUUCAGGCAUAAUUAUCUUCUUUUGAAGGGCGGCCGGGAAUUACAUCAUAUGAAACCCGUAUGCCAUUUAUGCAGUAAGCCAUAUAGUUCAGAUUUAAUGUACAUCUGCUGUGAGGCUUGCAAAAAUUGGUACCAUGCAGAAGCUGUUGCAUUAGAGGAAUCAAAAAUCUUUGAUGUGAUGGGCUUCAAGUGUUGUAGGUGUCGUAGGAUUAAAUCACCUGAAUGUCCUUACAUGGAUCCUAAACCCGAGAAACAAGACGGGGGCAAGAAAACUCGUGCAAAGUCAUCAAAGCAGGAAAAUUCAGGGGUGGAAUGUAAUGAUUUGAUAACCAUUUCUGAUCCUAAGAAGCAUGGGACAAGUAGUCCUAUGUUACCCAAGGAAGAAGAUCCUUUCAUUUUCUCUCUUUCAAGAGUUGAGCUAAUUACAGAACCCAGUCCUGGAUUAGAUGACGAGUGGAACGCAGCCACAGCAGCUGGACAAGCAGCACCUCAGAAGCUACCUGUUAGAAGGCAGACAAAACCGGAAGAUGACAUGGAUGGUUUUUCGGAUAGUUCUCUACCCCAUUCUUUACCAUCCUUCUCCAUCCCACAUGAAACAAAUGCACUCUUGAAGCCAGUAGAGGGAUCUUCACCAUUCUCAGAAUGGGACAAUUCUGCUCAUGGUCUGGACGAGGUCGCACCCUUCGACUUUGCCAGCCUUAAUUUUGAGGACAUGGAUUUUGGACCUCAGACCUACUUCUCGUUUACAGAAUUACUAGCACCUGAUGAUGAUGUGGAGUUUGGUGGGAUGGAUCCAUCAGGAGAUGCCUCGGGAGAUAUCGAUAAUUCCUUUUCAAUCGUAGAUAACAAUAUCUUCAAUCACGGUUCCAAUGAGCGACAGGAAACUGCAGUGUCUAUACCUACUGUUGUGAACUGUCAAAUCUGUACAAAUUCAGACCCCAUCCCCGAUCUCCUUUGCCAAGUUUGUGGACUACAAAUACACAAUCAUUGCUCGCCCUGGGACGAUGCAUUGACCAAGGAAGAGAACUGGUCUUGUGGCCGGUGCCGAGAGUGGCAGUAACUAGUUUCAGGUAUCUUCGGAGGUUUUUGUGUUUUGUUGCUUUGGGUUUCGGGUUCCCAUUGGGCAAGAAGGAAGCCGCCAAUCGAUCAAACUAUGUAACAAUGAAGAAGCAUGCCUUGUAAAUCCACGUAAAUACUUAGGACUUGUUCUUGUUGAGCUGGACUGUUGAAGGAUUCUCCAGUACGCUGGCCGCCAUGCCCGAGGCUUUGUGGAAGUUCAGCGUUCAGAGAGACUACGGUGACAGAGCUUGACAUUGAGCUUUAGAAUUCUCUACUAGAAAAUGGCUAGUUCUCUCUCUGUCUUCAUUUUUCAAAUUUCCGAAAUCUUUAGUCAUCUAACCAAUUUUCUUCCCCGACUUGAUUUUUUGGGAAUACCUUAAUCAAAUCAGCUUAUUUAUGUAAGUGAAGAUAAGCACGGUUUUAUGUGCUUAUCUGAUUAAAUUGCCUGUACAAAUUUUGUGAUGGCUGACGACCAUCACUUCCAAAUUCAAGGCUUGCUAAUAUCAAAAGUUUACAUUCUUAAUUUC